CUCUGUUGAGAGCUGUCUGUGCCCUGCUGCCUGCUAAGGAGGGGAGAGAGUACGGGAGAGGAAAGGAAAGGACUCUUCUCGUCGCGUACCUUCUUCCUUUUCCUCCGCCUUCCGGCCGGGAAGAAUUCACCGUGCCCACAGCAGCCCCGCUGGAUGCACUGAGCACUCGGGUGCGGGGAGACAGACAGGAGAGGGAGCCAGGAGCCCCGUCGCUGAGGCGCUGCGCCGCCCGGAGGCUCACUGCUAUCCGCUUGAAUUCUUUUAUUCGCCCCCCUCCCGCUGAUAGUUGGCUUCGCUCCUGCCUUCUUGGCUUCGCUCCUGCCUCCUUCUCUUCGCCCGCGGGAGCCAGCCGAGGCGGCGGCGGGGCCUGUAUUCCCCUCCCCCCUUUUUAUUUUUUUAAUUUACAUUAUUUUUUAAUUUUUCGUCUUCGUCAUGGGAUGUACUUUGAGCGCUGAGGAAAGAGCCGCCCUGGAGCGGAGCAAGGCCAUCGAGAAGAACUUGAAGGAGGACGGGAUCAGCGCCGCCAAAGACGUGAAACUCCUCCUGCUCGGGGCCGGUGAGUCGGGGAAAAGCACCAUUGUGAAGCAAAUGAAGAUCAUCCAUGAGGAUGGCUUCUCUGGAGAAGAUGUGAAGCAGUACAAGCCAGUGGUCUACAGCAACACUAUACAGUCACUGGCAGCGAUUGUACGUGCCAUGGAUACCUUGGGCAUCGAAUACGGUGAUAAGGAGCGACGGGCUGAUGCCAAGAUGGUCUGCGAUGUUGUAAGUCGGAUGGAGGACACAGAGCCCUUCUCUCCAGAGCUGCUGUCAGCUAUGAUGAGACUCUGGGCAGACUCUGGGAUCCAAGAAUGCUUCAAUCGAUCCCGAGAAUAUCAACUUAAUGACUCGGCCCAAUAUUACCUAGACAGCUUAGAUCGAAUCGGAGCUGCAGACUACCAGCCCACAGAGCAGGAUAUACUCCGAACCAGGGUCAAAACAACUGGCAUUGUAGAAACCCACUUCACAUUUAAAAACCUCCACUUCAGGCUCUUUGACGUCGGGGGCCAGCGGUCAGAACGCAAGAAGUGGAUUCACUGCUUUGAGGAUGUCACAGCGAUCAUUUUCUGUGUCGCGCUGAGUGGCUAUGACCAGGUGCUCCAUGAAGAUGAAACCACGAACAGGAUGCAUGAAUCACUGAAGCUUUUUGACAGCAUCUGCAACAACAAAUGGUUCACAGACACAUCUAUCGUCCUUUUUCUAAACAAGAAGGACAUAUUUGAGGAGAAAAUUAAGAAAUCUCCACUGACUAUCUGCUUUCCUGAGUAUACAGGCCCAAACUCUUUCACAGAGGCAAUGGCUUACAUCCAGGCUCAGUACGAGAGCAAGAACAAGUCCCCUAACAAGGAGAUCUACACACACAUCACCUGUGCCACCAACACCAACAACAUCCAGUUUGUCUUCGAUGCCGUCACAGAUGUCAUCAUCACCAACAAUCUGCGGGGCUGUGGACUCUACUAAAGCACCCUCCUCCUUCCCUUCUUUCCUUUCAUCCACCAGGAGCAUCCUCUGGUCCUGUGUACAGAUCCUCUCUUUUUCUCCUUUUUCCUCCUCAGAGGAUGAUGAGGAAGAAGUCCAUAAAUCCCUCCUUCCAUCCCAGAAAACUUUGCAGCAAGUUCAACUUUCUCCAGCCCCAUUUUACUUUGAUUUGGUUUAGUUUUGGUUGAUUCCCUUAUUGCCUUGCUCUACUCCUCCUUCCCAAUUCACAGUGCUGUAGAGGGAGCUAAUGCAUUGCCCACAAAGUGCAUUUCAACUUCCAAAAGCCAAAAAUACUUCAGUUCUUAAAAAAAAAAAUCAAAGCCUUAAAAUACUGUUCAGUAACAGUGUAGUUUGGAACCUAAACUUUUUUUUCCCCCUUGAAAUUAAUGGAUAUUUUUGAUUCUGGUUAUUUAGAUACUUUUUUUUUUAACACUAUUCCUUUGGGAAGUGCUAGACACAAUAUGAUCAUUCUGAGGGUACCUUAUGGCUCCAAUUCCUACCCCAAAGCUGGAGGGAUCAGUAUUGAAUGCAGCUACCACAGCUUGUAUUUGUAUAUUCUCCUUUUAUCCAGACAGCUGUUUGAACAAGUGAAACAGCUACAUCAAGUUCUGCCGGUGUCUGAGUAAGAGGGACACAGUAACAAAACCUACUAAGCCUUGCCUAAAAGCAUUUGUUACCAGUAACAGUUCUACCUCAAAUGUUUCUAAAUUAAUGUUAAAAUAUGUCUAGUGGUUUCAGUAACCCAUUUCUGAGGAGCUUUGGUGGAUGCCACAGAGGUGCUGGGCUGAGCAGGGCAGUGGCAGCUGGGCUUGGACUCCCGGAGUAUAGGCAGCAAGAAUGCUCCAGGGAUGGUGUCCUGAUGGGGACCCCGUGCACAAAGAUGCCAGCUGGGGACCCAGGGACCUUUCCCAGAGCACCUCCCAGCUUAAGUGAUUCCAGCAUAACCAAUGUUCCUGCAGACAUGCAGCAUCUCUUUUUUGAUUUUGGAAAGAAGUUGCAGAAGGGAGAUGAGGCAGGUUGAGGCAGCAGGGAGAGCAGGAAGAGAAGUCCCUGUCAGAUUGGACUCUGCCAGGACACUGUUCGUGGGACAUCUGUGACAAAACCCCAGCCAGGGAGGUGAGCAGGAGCACCCUGGUGGCCUUCAGAGGAAAAUAAAGUGGCUCUUACCCUGUAACAAGCUCACAGCCAGCAUGGUUGGCAGCUGUGUCAGUAACCCCCUAAAUAGCAUUAAGUGAUAAAACUAUCUUUAGUGUUGUACAGUGAGGGCCCGCUGCUGCUCCGCUGGACACUAACAGCAAUAACACCAGGUCUCUGCCUCCCCUUAGCACAACUGAGUACAGCCUUUCUCUUCACCAUCUCAGCCUUAAAAUACCUCCAGUGGUAUCAGCUCCCACAGAGCUGGCCAGCCAGCAAAGCCAGGAGCCCAUCUGUUCCUGAGGCCACAUCCCACCUGCAUGACUUGUUUUCCCAGGUCCCAGCUCCAUUUAGUGCCAGCACACUGCUGUACCACCAUAAACCAAAGGAACAUUGAACACAAAGCCCGCACGUGUCCUCACAGAAAUACUGCCAACUAAAUCUCUCUCAGGAGUUUUGUAUGAGAAUUAGCUUCUUGCCUUCAGCUUUCCUGGCUGGCCAGCCAGCCUGUCCCUCAACAGAAGGAAGAACCUCCUCAGUAGGUGUGAUUUUGUUUUACAGGAUGCUACAAGUAUUAAUGAGAACAGUCUACACUGUAAUGUACAUUGAAAUGUAUCUGGUGAUUUUAGUCUAUUGUGGCUUGCCUGCAAGGGAACAGGCUGUGUUCUCAGGCCAUGAAUGCAACCCCAGGAGGUCAGGAUGGGACACAGAAGGUCUUGUUUUGCCAAAACAUCCCCUUGCACCCAGUUGCUGCUUGACAAGGCACAGGGUUCAGCUACGGGUGACAGACAUCACCCACAGGGCAUUUUGCAGUUGAUGCUGUAAAAGGGACCAACCCUGCACUGUUAGCCUGUGCAGUGUGUCUAAGCAUUUUGUGUCCAAAAAAGCUCCUGGAGCCAGGGAGAGUUGUUGAGUUCAUAGAAUCAUAGAAUAGUUAGGGUUGGAAAGGACCUUAAGAUCAUCUAGUUCCAACCCCCUUGCCAUGGGCAGGGACACUUCACACUAAACCAUAUCACCCAAGGCUUCAUUCAACCUGGCCUUGAACACUGCCAGGGAUGGAGCAUUCACAAGGCUGACUGUCAAGUCGAUUAGAGAAGCUUAGUACUACUGUGCUUGUGUCUUUGUCAUGGGCCAGGUUUGUCUUCAAGGCUUACAAUCAAAAACUCCACCAUUAUUUCCAAGGAGAAUAAAACACUCAUUACAAUCUGAUGCCAGAGGCAUCAAGAUCAAUGAAGAUGGUGCUACUAAGCAUCAUCCUGAACCACCCAUACCAAUCACACACUUGCAUCCCCAACACACACAAGAAAGUAGAGAUGUGGCCCAGGUGGCACAAAAGAGCAGACCAGGGUCUUGCUUCCACCACCCUGGAAGAGAAAGAAGACAGAAACACUCUCCCCAAGCACCCCAAGACUUGAAUGUCCAUUAUAAUUUCUGAGUUCCUGCAAUGACACAAGAUAACUGAUGCUAGCAGAUAAAGGUACAUGACCUAUAUAAGAUGUUACACUGAGAAGGUGAUUAUGGAAAGAGACUUCUCACAGGACCAAACAAGCAGCCUGUGAGAUCCUUAUUUGUGCUGCAAAAGCUAGCUAGCAAAUAUGAACAAGUGUGAGCCUUAAACAUUGAUGUGUUAAUAAGAGGAGGAGGACCAAAGGCUCUCAGCUGGCACCAUGCCGGGAGAGAGAAGGGAGCUGGACUGGAGAUCAGGCAAAAACAUCUCCAUCUCUCAGAAAGGGCAGCCAGGCUCUCCAUGGGCAGGCAUGGGAAAGAGAGACAUCUGGGGAGGAGGGCUGGGAGCCAGCCUGACACUCACUGCCCCAACCCCUCUCCCACCCAGUGUCUUAGAAAACAAUGUUGAGACCAAAUCCUGACUGUCCUGUAGCGCAGGCAAGUGGCUUCAGGACUAAACCCUCUGUUCUAGGUGGUGAGAAUAGAUGAUAGCGAGUAACAACAUGAUUUUCAGCAUUGCCUGAGUCUCACCAUCUUUGCCGAUGCUGAAGCAACCUGGUGGCACUCAAAUAGGAUCAUUUAAAGACCAGCCAUUGCUCCAUUAAAUAACUCAGUCCCUAAUUUAACAUCUUCAGUCCUACCUCCCCACCUCUCUUUUCCCCCCUUCAGCUCAACAAGGGAGAAGUGACUAUCACCCUGCCUCUGGGCUCCCUGCUCCCCACCCCAUUUCUUACCAAAGGAUCACUGGAGGCUGCCACUGUUUUCCUUUUGCUGAAACAUUUUUCCUGCAUGUUUGAUAGCCCAGUAUUAACAUUAGUAUUAUGUUAUUAUGUUAUUAGUAGUAGUAUUAUGUUAUUAUUAUUAGCAUUAACAUACAGUAUUAACUGUAAUUUUGUAUGAAGAGUGACUGUCCAUGGGUUUAAUAGAGCAUUAGUUACUGUAAUAAUUUUGGCUGUUCGUAAUGUAUUUAUUAGUUACAAAACCUUAAUAAAGUGCCAGCUCUUUUCUAGUGUGAGUGGUUUUAUUGUGUCUCCCUUCAGUGUGUUCAGCGUCUCAA